AUGGUCGUGGUGGACGGUGUUGACCUGGAUGGCCUAAACUACAUUCCCAAAUUUCCAUACAAUGGCUCCAUUCCGACGGGAGGUGACUCGUUGAACGAGGAUCUCAAUAUCUUUUACGAGAGCGGCGAUAUAGCAUGGAUGAUCACGUCGACGGCUUUGGUGUUGCUUAUGAUUCCUGGUGUUGGUUUCUUCUACUCGGGGCUUGCCCGUCGCAAGUCUGCCUUAUCUCUGAUAUGGCUUUCCGUCAUGGCUACAGCUGUUACUACGUUCCAAUGGUUCUUCUGGGGUUACUCCUUGACCUUCUCGCACCAUGCCAGCUCGUAUAUCGGUGACCUCUCGAACUUCGGCAUGAAGGACGUACUCGCGCAUCCUUCUGUGGGCUCUUCUAGACUUCCCGAUCUUCUAUUUGCCGUCUACCAAGGCAUGUUCUCGGCGAUCACGGUAGCUCUCGCCACAGGCGCCGUAGCGGAAAGAGGGCGGAUGCUUCCUUGCAUCGUCUUUAUGUUGAUAUGGGCGACCAUCAUCUAUGACCCUAUCGCGUGUUGGACUUGGAAUCCGGCUGGGUGGUCGAACAAGCUAGGUGGCCUAGACUUUGCUGGAGGUACACCGGUACAUAUCGCUUCCGGAUCGGCAGCGCUCGCAUAUUCGAUGAUGCUUGGCAAACGACGCGGCCACGGAACCCAUGAGCUGAAUUUCCGCCCACACAACGUCACUCAUAUUGUUAUUGGGACCGUCUUUCUAUGGGUUGGUUGGUUUGGCUUCAAUGCUGGUAGCGCAUUCUCGGCGAAUAUGAGAGCAGUCAUGGCCGCAUGGGUGACCAACUUAUCAGCGUGCGUUGGUGGUAUCACUUGGUGUGUCCUUGACUAUCGACUAGAACGCAAGUGGUCUACAGUCGGCUUCUGCUCAGGGGUUGUUGCUGGUCUCGUGGCCAUCACACCAGGCUCAGGCUUUGUCCCCUCGUGGGCUGCAGUUCCAUUCGGAGUGCUUGGAGCGUGCUUCGCCAACUACGCUACGAAACUCAAGUUUUUACUUCGAAUUGAUGAUUCGCUAGACAUAUUUGCUGUUCACGCUGUCGGCGGUUUCGUGGGAAACAUUCUUACUGCCUUCUUCGCUGCCGACUAUAUUGCACACCUAGAUGGCGUGACAGUCAUUCCGGGCGGCUGGCUGAAUCAGAACUGGAUACAACUAGCAUAUCAAUUAGCAGACUCGGUGGCUGGAGGUGUAUAUUCUUUUGGCGGCACCUGUAUCAUUCUUUUCAUCAUCAACUUGAUUCCGGGCCUCAAGAUUCGCGCCUCCGAAGAAGCCGAAAUCCUUGGUAUCGACGACGCGGAGAUUGGAGAAUUCGCGUAUGAUUACGUCGAGUUGACGAGAGAAGUACUGACUGAGGUGGAGAACGACGAUGUUCAUAGUCGGUUCUCGGUGGAGGGCAACCCGACUUUUGACCCCCGCGAGAAGAAUAGCAUCCCUUUGAUAGAUGCUAGGGUAUUCUCGAGUCAGUCGUCUCAAGCUCCUCAUGCGCAAUAA